AUGAGCACUAAUUCGGACACUUGGCAAAUAUUUGUGGAUGGAGCAUCGAACUCCUCGGGCUCGGGCGCAGGGGUCAUUAUCAUCAGCCCUGACAAACAAACAGAGAUCCAAUGCGCUCUCAGGUUCAAGUUUGAAGCAACCAACAACGAGGCCGAAUAUGAGGCCAUCGUUAUUGCUCUUGAGCUAGCCCUUUGCCUAGAGCUCGAGUUCGUAAAGAUAUUCAGCGAUUCGCAGCUAGUGGUCGGACAGAUUGAAGGAUCAUUUGAAAGAAAGGAGGAGAAAAUGAGUUUGUACUGUAUGAAGGUUCAGGAUCUUCAACGAAAAUUCAAGAGCUGUGAAAUUACAAAAAUUGCUCGAAAGGACAAUGGAAAAGCUGACGCAUUAUCCAGGCUUGUGUUCAUGGGGGUAGACGACCUUGACAGAACAGUUCAACAGAACCCAGCAUCAGUCAAAUCCUCGACAUCAUGGACAUUGACAACGAACCAUCCUGGAUGGACCCAAUCAUAG